AUGGCCUCUGCACUAGCACUACCAGCACAAGGAGCCUUCAUCCAUUUCCCGAAACUUCCAGCGGAGUUGCAAAACAAGAUACUAAAGACUUACCUGGAAGAUGAGCCAGGACGUCUCAUUGAAGUCCGAUGGAGCAAGGCAAAACAACGGUAUUUUAUCGACGCAGCAGUACCACCACUCCUACACGUGGAUCGCGGAUCUCGUGCGAUGGCCAAAAAAUAUUUUGAGCUGAUUACUGUUCCUGUCAAUGUCACGAAAAAGGUAUCGACUAUAACCCUAUACGACCCAGUGGUUUACAAUGAUACGAAAACUGUUCCGCUUACAGUCUGCCUCUUCCAAACCCACUUUAACUUCAACCACGAUACCCUAUAUCUAAACUCUGAGCAUUUCAGACCAAAAACAAAUCAUCACAGGGAAAAUCUUAAUCGUCUGCCUUCCAAAUUGAAGGAGUUUCUGGUAGCUCUGAAUGGUCAGAGACACAUUGCAGAGAGACUUCGAGCUUUGGCCGUGGAUGCAAAAAUGUUUUACUCUAGUUUCUUUGCACAACACAUGUUCAACAUGGUCGAUCUUGAGUAUGUUCACUUUAUUUUUGGCGAUCACUGCUGUUUGGAAGGAGCUGGUAUUUCAGGAUAUCGAAUACACCAAGAGGCAUUUGCGAUUGAGCAAAUUCAGAUCCCCGAUUUCCCGACCCAUCGACAACAGAAUCCAACUAUGUACACACCUAAUGCACUUCUGCAGAGACAUGGUCCGAUGACCCAGAUUAAUGGAUACCCCCACUUCAUUGGACAGACAUACUGGGUCGCAAUGCUCUCAAAGAAGGAACAGUAUGUAAUCGGCGACAUCUGGCAAGAUUUGAAUAACGAACUUAUCAUGGAUUUGGAAAGAAACGUUGCAGAGCAGAUGGAAAUGAGUCAAGGGCUGGCAAGGGAACACUGGCAAGACUUGACUACAACGCCAUGCAGAGUCGUGAGGAGAGCUAUGUGGUCUACACUUGAACCUUUGCGUGAGUAA